AUUUCACUCGUGCUAUCAACAGCAACUGAGAUUUCAGCUGAGGACGCCGCGAUAUCUGAAGGCAAAGCAAAUGAAGAUGGCGACAUACCUGAUAAUAAUGAUGAUGACAUGCCAGAAGAACUCAAGAAAUUGUUGGAAAAGAACGGUACCCUUGGAGAGAGUCUCAUCAAAAUUAUUAAAAUGGGGAAAGACUUUUCAUCAGACAUCUGGAAUAAAACAUUGACUAAAGCAAGAAAUAUCACAAAGAUGGCUCGUAAAUCAAGCGAAACAUUACAGAAAUCGUUACGAUGGAUUGAUGUGGCUUUAGAUGGUGUCGACAAAGUCAUGGGUGGUAUAAUGGCUAUUCAAGGCAAGGCUUCCAAAAUACUACAUCUACUCAACGUGCUGAGCGAGAUCGAGUAUUCUUUACCAUACGACUAUCAGGAAGGACGUGUUUCAUCUGUAAUGGAAAUUUAUUAUGACAUUGAAGUUAAACUCUUCGAUUUUUUUAACCCGCGUCAAUGGACAUUUAGAUGGUUCAACACGGUACUUGGACAAAUCGAAGAUUUGACAUACAAGUGGCUUGAUCUGUGGUUUCCAAUAGUACGAAGGACAAAAAGAGCUUUCCGUUUUAUGAGAAAAGGCAUCAGACACCUCCAGGACAUUGCGCCAAGGUUUCAUGAAAAGUUUGAGCCAGACGUGAAUGUAUUGGCUGAAAGGUUGAAACAAAAAAUAGAUGAACUGGAAAAAGUUUCAAGAAAGAAGCUGAUAAAGGCAAGGGAGAGAGAAUAAAUGGACAGUGAUAUGCAUGCAGUAACCCACUAGAAUCAACGCUGCCUUCAAAUAAAGAAAAAUAUUUCUAUCAUAUAUCUGUUAUUUAUCAAGAUGAUCAACAAAUCGUGAAUAUCAAUUG